GUUAACUGUUGUUAUAGUCACCUUUGGUGAAAUAUAGAUAAUUAUGCAUUAUUUAAUUGUAGAUAAAUGAUACAGUUUAUAUUUCACAGAAAUCUCAUCUAUGAAUGGCAGCUGCUGUUGCCCAGUGGUACUGGAGACCUCCAUGCCCAUUGCCAGAAGAAGCUCCAAGCAUUUUGGAUGUAGUGUUUGGCGUGACGGCAAGCCUUCUGCUAUUUGAUUUUCAAUAUUUUAUUUGGCACAUGAUCCAUCACAAGAACAGGUGGCUUUACAAGACAUUCCAUGCCAUCCAUCAUGAAUACAUGGCUCCUUUUUCCUUAGCCACUCAGUGUCUUGGGGGUUGGGAGCUGGUGACUGUGGGAUUCUGGACCACAAUAAACCCUAUAAUCUUCAGGUGUCACAUUCUCACAACCUGGCUAUUUAUGGUAUUUCAUGUAUAUAUCUCUGUGGAAGACCAUUGUGGUUACGAUUUUCCCUGGUCCACCUCACGGCUCAUACCAUAUGGGAUCUAUGGAGGGCCUAUAAAACAUGAUCUACAUCAUCAGAAACCCAUGAGCAACUAUGCCCCUCAUUUUACACAUUGGGAUAAAAUCUUUGGCACCCAUGCAGACUUUACAUCUGUCAAAGGCAUUCUGGAGGGUGACACUCCAAAUAAAACCUGCUGUGCUAGUAAACAAGAGGAUAAUCUUUAUGAUGAAAGUGUCUCACCAACAGACAGAGUUGCCGAAGAAAGGAGAAUUUAACUUAUAUAUCAAACAUUUCUAUACACAUUUCUAUACUUUGAUACGUCUGUGUCUAUUGUUACUUUUUCAAUGAGAGCUUUCUAUGUCCCAUCGAACAAGUACAGCAGUGUCUUGUCUGUUAUGGUAUGUGUGGCUGGUGCCCAUAUUUAUUUAGAAGGAGGAUGUAAGAAAAAUUGUUUACACAUUGUCAAACCCAAAUCUUGGUUAAUGUUUGCAGUAUAUAUAAACAUCAACCUAAUAUUUAACAUAUAUCAAUAUAAUGUGGAUAAUGCCAUUAAUGUGUUAUUGCCAAACAUUGUAGUGACAAUUAUAACGAAGUCAGGUCCAACCUGUGAAGGUCUCCUCCUCCAGUCACAACACCUGGAAUUGUUUCUGGUUAUUUGUGAUAAAUGUUACAUUUACAAGGAUCUACUUUACUAUAGACCAAGCAAAAGACACGUGGAGUAACAAACAGCUUUCCAGUUCAGAUGAUCAUUCGUACUAUGUAUGCCCCUUUGCCGAUGAGGGUAGAAAGAACAGAAAUCACUAGAACACUCACCAGAUCAGGAGUCUAUGGUCUGUUUAAAACAUUCAUAAAAUAAUGUGAAAGUGUUCGCCAUGAACAGGUAUCAGGUCAAAAAGAGGUUUUACAACCAAAGCAUAAAAGCAGUACCAAAAGUGAUAUUUAAAAUAUAAGUAGAUGACAACGACUUAAAAAUAUAUAGUGGGGACACAUGUUCUCCUUUAAUUGGUAAAGUAUAAUGAUGUUGUAUCAUUACUUAUUUAUUGCCCAAAUAUUGCAUGUAUAUAUAAGAGCAGACAUAAGUAGCAGCUAUGCUGGCUGAGGAUUUGUGGAUGUUCUACACAUAUGAAUUGGAGCUUUUCAUGAAUCAGAUAUUGAAUGAGGAGCAGUUAUGUCUGAUGGCUUUUUUUUCUUUUAAUCAAUAGUGCGUCACGUUUCACAAGAUCCAACAUUUUCUUUCUUAUGUUGCAAAUCUAACAGACAUUUAAAUAUAAUGUUACAAUAUGUACACAGUCCACCUGCUUCUACAUAACACGGAUCAGGCUUAGAUUUUUUGGCAUGGAUUGUCAAA